UGUCAUGGUAGUUGUUUAGUGACUGAACAGAACAGGAUAAUACAAAUGUGUUUUAAGAUAGAAUAUUUUUGAUAUAUACGACUGUCUUGGAUGUGCUAAGAAUAACAAGGAGCAGACUGUCUCUAAUUCAAGGUUAAGUGGAGCCUGUUGUUGGUCAAAAUGUAAGAGAAUUCAGGCCUAACUGAUCAUAGAGUAAAUUUGAUUGUUCAUAAAGGAUAUUAAAUAAAGAAUCACAAAAUUAUAAACAUGAAAUAUAAAAUGUAUUGUAACAGUAGGUGUAGCUCAUCAAAUGGCUAAUGAAUGUGCUUUUCUGAGUGUGUGUGUGUGUGUGUGUGUGUGUGUGUGUGUGUGUGUGUGUGUGUGUUAGGGUCGGUGUUUGUUUGCCAGUGGGAGUCUGUUUGCUGCUGUAACUCUGGAUGAUGGCAGGAUGGUGAUUCUGGGACAGGGGAACAAUGCUUACAUAUUCCCAGGUGUGGCUCUGGCAGUAAUUCUGAGUGGUGUUAGACACAUCAGUGAUACGGUGUUCCUCGAGGCUGCAAAGAUCUUAGCAGAGCAGUUGACGGAUGAGGAACUGAAUCAGAAUCAGGGUCGUCUCUACCCUCCUCUUUCCAACAUUAGGGAGGUUUCUUUACAGAUGGCUGUGAAGGUGGUGGAGUUUCUGUACAGUAAAGGAAUGGCAUUUCGGUACCCAGAGCCACUGGAUAAGGAGGCGUAUGUGAGAUCCAUUGUGUGGAACACGGAGUACGAUUCCUUCCUCCCAGACAUCUACGAACGGGCUGGAGUGUCCCAUAGUCCUAUAGUGGAGUAAUCAUACACCCUAUAGCAUACACCUGAAACAGUCACACCCUUAAUUUACAGCUGUGUAAUGUUUAACUAUCACACAUCCCCAUGGGGAGUGAUUCCUAAACUCCUUCUGCUAAUGUAAAUGUACAGUGUUGCUAUUAAUAAAACACUCUGUGUGUGUGUG